ACUUGCUCCCAUCCCAUCACUUUCACAGUCACUCAGAAGAACAAAGUCACUUUCACAGAGUCAAAUUUCCAAUAGAGAAGGAAGAAUUUAGCAAUGGAGAGGAGACCAUCACUUGCCAUGGUGUGUGUGGUGUUGGGCCUGUUGAUGGGGACCCACCUCUCCAUGGCCGACUUCCAGAUGUGCUACGGGUCCUGCUUCGUCCUCUGUGUGUUCAAGCCUGGGGAGAACGUCUUCAAGUGCGCUUACCAGUGCUUGAAGGACUGUCUUCUCCCUCCUUCGGCUUCCCCACCGGGCUCCUCGGCCGUCAGCACCCUCAGCGCCGACAGACUGGACGCCAGUUACUUCUGCACGCUCGGGUGCUCUACGUCCAUGUGCACUCACUUCAGCACCAAAACUAAUCCCGGUGAAAAGGAAGUGGGUGGCUGUGUGGAGUCCUGCUCGGGGAUGUGCUCCAAGCACUGAUGAUUGAUCUUCUUCUUCACCACGUGCUAUAUAUAUAGCUGUUCUGGAAGAAUUGCUCUAUAUUUCUCUUUAUGUUUGCACUAAAUAAAUUCAAUUUCUAUUCGAACAACGAAGAGAGAGAGAAAAACCAAAAGUUGUUCGAGUUCAAAUCUUCAUGUAUUUUUCUUAAUCAUAAUCUAGAUGAAUGUUAUAUAUAUA